AAUCAUAAGUUCUUAGUCCACUGUGUUUAUCAUUUUGAUACUUUUCGAAAACAAGAAACAAUGAAGAUAAGAUUCUCUACAGUUUUCUCAACAAUACUGGCUUUAAGUAGUAUCAGGUUUUGUAUCGGAACCCGUGAUAUUCGUGACGUAUCCCCCCGUCCUUCAAAAGACGAUUAUUUGAAAUGGUUAGAUUAUACAUCAUAUCCUUUUUUUCAUUCAUCAACCUCGAUGGCUGUAAAGAUUAUUAAUGAUAACACAAUCGAAUUAUCAUCGACAAUUCUUACACGUGAAGACCACAGAUAUACAUCUCUUAAAUAUUUAGACGUUUCGAAUGGUAAGUUGGAAACUAUAAGGUCUAACGCAUUCGUUAAUGUGAAAACAUAUUACUGGGGCAGCAGACUAAAUUGUGUAUAUUAUCUAUUAUUGAACAACAACAGAAUAUCAAACUUAGAAACGGAUGCAUUCAGUUCGUUAGAUGAAUUAAAACACUUGGAUUUGAGUAAUAAUAAUCUUUCAUUUAUAAACAAUGACUUUGAAAAUUUAAAGAAUUUGAAUUUGUUAAAUUUAAGUAAUAAUAAUAUAAGUUAUAUUAAUAUAACAGCGAUUUAUGCUUCAGAAAUCGAUUUAUCUAACAAUAAUUUAAGUGAUAUUUCAAUCGUUGGUAUUGAAAAACGUAGGCCUUCGAUAAAUUUAAGUUUCAACAAAUUAACAUCAAUAUUAGUUAAUAAUAGCUUUUUAAAUGAACUAGAUAUUUCAAAUAAUAAGCUUCAAUCGUUAAAUGCAACCUACAUAAGCGAAUCGGGUAUUGUACAAUUAAAUGCUUCUAAUAAUCAAAUACACGAAUUUAAAAUUACAGAAAUAGUAAAAUCUUUGAAAGUUUUAGAUUUAUCAUUUAAUAAUAUGUCUGAUUUUACUUAUUCAAAUUUUUCGAUAUUACAACACUUGAAUUUAUCCGAUAAUUAUUUUAAACAUAUAACAAAUGGAGCUUUUAAUGAAUUAGAGAAUUUAAAUACUUUGAAUUUGGCAAAUAAUUAUUUGGAAGUGAUUCAAAAUGAAACAUUUAUUGGAUUAAAAAACUUAAAUGUUUUGAUAAUAUCAAACAAUAGAUUAAAAACACUUGAAACGGGCAGUUUUCGCGAUUUAAUCAAAUUAAAUUAUUUAAAUUUAGCUAACAAUCUUUUAGAAAGUACAUCAUCUGGAACACUAAGCGAAUCACUUAAAGGUUUGUGGGGUUUAAAUAAGUUAAAUUUAGCUAAUAAUUCAAUAAAAACAAUCGUAUCAGAAAACUUUUAUGGUUUAGAUAGCUUAUACCAAUUAGAUUUAACUUAUCAAAAUUUAACUGAUUUACCAAUAGGCGUAUUUAAUUAUUUAUACUAUUUGAAAACAUUAAAUUUAUCUUGUAAUUCCCUCGAAACAAUUAAGAAAGGAAUAUUUACAGGGCUAAAUAAAUUAGAAACUUUAUCCUUAGCUUUUAAUAAAUUAAAGACAUUUGAAUAUGAAAGCUUUUAUAUACAUUGUUGA